GUGAGUGAAGGGUGGGGGGCAAGGAGGAAGGGGGCGGAGAGCGUGUCCUGGUCCCCUUCACCCCCACUCCUACUCCGUCAACCAAUCCCGUCCUGUGAAUGUGUCGUGUGUGUGUGUCGUGGCCGAGGCCGUGGUGGUGACUGUGGUGGUGACGGAGGCGGCGGAGGUAGUGGUGCCGGUCCAGCCUCGCACUCCACCUGCCGUGCAGAAUCAGUCAAAAUUCAAGCCUCCACCACGUCUGUACAGCUCUCAAAAGUUUCUCCCGGGAAAGAAAAAGUCUCGACAUAGACACCGCCGCCUCAACUCGCGGCACCAACUGGGGACCGCCGCCGCUGCCACCGCUGUCUCUCGGGGCCAGCUUGUCCCCGCCGCCGAGCUGCAAGCUCCCAGGAUCUCCCUCCGCUUCAAAUAGUGUUUUACCAUCGAGACACUGAACUUCACGGAAAAAAUAUUUUCUUUGUUCCCGUACUUCUCGAGUGUUUGGUAGUCGAGGCUGGUGUGUACACAGUUGUUACUAAGUAGUUACCACUGGGAAGAAUUAUGUGAACAAUGAGUUCAAAUUAUAUUGAUAGUAUUCUGCCCAAGUACCAGGCGGAGUCGGCCGCGGCUAACCUGGUAAACUACAAUACGCAAGCUAGAAGUAUGUAUCCGUACGUGAGUGUCACUUCACAUCAGCUGUCCUCCACCCCCGCCACCAACAUGUCGCCCUUCACUGCAAUGACAGCCAACACAGACGGGGACAAGCAAUGCCGCUACUCCCAGACUGGAGCCACGGAUAUGUCCCAAUACGGCCUAAACCUGCAGAACUGUGCCACCACCAGCAACAUGGCACAGUACUUCCACCAGAACAACGUCACUAACCCACUGAACUCCUGUAGUCAGCCAACCCCGACGCCGCAUAUUCCUGACAUCCCACGGUAUCCAUGGAUGUCUAUCACAGAAAACCAAUGGCGGGGUCUGACAGCCAAUUGGAACGGCCUGCCAUGGACGGCGAUGAUAGACACGAUUAAUUCGUUGGCAUCAGGUCCAAACGGCUGCCCCCGUCGGCGAGGGAGGCAGACAUACACGCGUUUCCAAACCCUGGAGCUGGAGAAGGAGUUCCACUUCAACCAUUACCUUACACGACGACGGAGGAUAGAGAUCGCCCACGCCCUAUGCUUAACAGAGAGACAGGUGAAAAUCUGGUUCCAAAACCGGCGCAUGAAGCUGAAGAAGGAGCUGCGAGCGGUGAAGGAAAUCAACGAACAGGUGCGACGGGAACGAGAAGAGCAGGAUAAGCUCAAGCAGCAACAAGACGACAAAAAGGCAAACAAGGAACAACAGCCGUCAACAGCUAACGGCCAGCCUGCCUCAGCCACCAACGGCACCUCUUCAUCGUCAGCGGGAGGUGGCACUGGGGAUACCAAGGCUGCAACUUAACGCCAAGGUACUUGUUCCCCUGAAGGGCGUGCUGCUGCUGAUACUGCUGCUGCAUAUGUAAGCAAAUAUCCUCACUUCUCGGCUACCAGAACCAAUGAUAUGCACGCCCAACCAACCACUUUCACGUCCACACCUUCAGCAGAAGCUCCGCCCCCCGACCCCGACCCUCAGCCACGUCCUCAUUCUGGAGGGCUCUCCGAGGAGACCUUGUUUACCCUACUUCAGCAUCACUUUAAUGCUUAAGACCAACCUACGAGUCUUACUGCUUUAUGAUUCUUAGUGAUGGUGAAAAUUUGAUACUAAAAGAAAAUUUUCAUUGGCUACGAAUGUAAAAUUACUGAUAGCAAAGCAAAAAUAAUGUCCUGGCGAAAAGUUACUACACUGAAAAAUAUGUGCAAGCGUUUGCUCGUGUGGGUAAUUUGGCGCCAGGAGGUGCUGCUCGGCCUAGAAGGCUGUGUGUUGAGGUGCGGGGCGUGGACACUACCAGCGGGCACUUCAGGAGAUGAACCAGCAAGUGUCUCUGUACUUGUAACAUCCAGGAGCUGGCAAGCUUCACCACCAACCUCUACUGUAACAGUGAACGCAGAAAAUCCAUUAUCAUUAACCAGCCCAUACAACACUUGAACCAACAUCAACAAAGCAAACGCAAAGCAAGAACCAUAUCCAGUUAGUGCAAAGUACGAGAAAACAUCUUAGGUCUCGUGAAACAGUUUCCCGAUGCUAGGCCAACACCCCGGUAUUGGUGUUCAGAAGGACGCAAGACAUGCCUAAAGACUUUUCCUCCCCUCCAGAACUUGACCCCGAGAAACUUCCUCACGCGCCAACUCACCACCCGGGCCUCACCACACACUUCCUCGCUCAGGGCUUGAGGGGUGUUGCAGACGAGUGGCGAAAUAAACAAAGCUCAACGGAGACACCGCCCACCGUAAAUUUUAUAACCCCCGCCCCCAUGACCUCUUAUGCGUGAAUGACAAAGGCGAAUCCCCUGCAACUCUGACCACUAGAUAGUAUUGUCAAAAAUCUAUACUGAGGAUGCAUCAUGUCAGCACCCCUAAGGCACCCAUCCAUGGAAACCUAGACCAACAUGAUGAGGGUAGUGGGGUAUUCGCAUUGUCGAGUGUACGAGUCUGGUGGAUGUUAUGGAUCGACCCGGCCGUCUUACUGUACGCACGGCGGACGAGACAGCAGUGAUCUUAUACUGUAGUUAUAAAUGAGAUGAUGUAGGACAUGAGUCACGACUUUGAGAGGACACUGAUAUGCUUUCUUACUGUUUCCUUCCUAGAAUAUUCCACGUUAACUAAAUGUUACUUUAUCGGAAUGUAUUUUUUUUUUUUGUUUUUUGUAAAUUAGAUAUUAACCAAUGAUUCCAGCUUUAAGUUCUUGCAAAGGUUAAACGCUGUAGUUUUUUUUCGACUUGUUUGACGAAUAUGGAAGAUGGUAGUGCAGUGACUGAGUGUUGUUACAUUGUGAAUGAAUUAUAUUUAUUUCUAUUAAUUGUUAUGUUUGUCUCGAGAUUUGAUAUAGGGAUGUCUGCCAUGGCGGGUGUAACCGAAAGGAGUACAUGUAGCCUUGUUCGUUGAGUGCAUGUGCUCCAGAACGACCAUGGCGAAGUACAAAGAAGGAGAACUGUAAUGAAACUCUCUGCACUCCUCAGUGUUGCUCACUAUACUAACAUUGUUCCUGUUCGGUAUUGCAUUGGCAUGACUGGAAAGCACUGACACCACAGGUGAAGCAGAGAGUUUCAAGGUGCGACAACAGAGUGAGGAAGAAUUAGUGCAAUAGCCGAUAUGCUAAAUUAGAGCUUUAAAGGUGGAUAAAUAUUAUUUUGAAAACUAUCAAUUUCUAGGUUUAGGGAAAUUAUAAGAGUGGAUUUAUUGGUGAUCCAUUCUUUGACACCUCUCUCCUCCGAAUUAUUUUAAUAGUAAUAAUGUGUGUAUGCAUAAUAGCUGUUUACCGAGGCCAAGGAGUGUGCAUGAUUACUGUGACACAAGGCGGAGGGAGAUUCGGUGCGAGGCCUUACUGGAGGUCAGAUGGAGGUCACGGAUAUCCUCGUAGCCUCACUGUGCCCUAGUAAGGUCAUGCCUCGUUCUCCUCCCUCUCCCCCUCCAGGUGUCAACGUGAGGCCAGGGUGUUUAGUGUGUAAGUUGUUGGCCACGCCCUUCCCUGCCUUUCUGAUGUCAAGAAAACACACAAACACAGGAAAAAAAAAAGAAACUUUAAAAUGUAUUUGCAAGAAAGAGAAAUUCGAUGUUAAAAGCAAGACACUUCAGAAAGUCAGGGGACUCAGCAGGCUUAGUGACUUGAUAAUGGGUUAGGAUCUCAAGAGGGUAACAUUGGACAUGGCUUCAUUGGAGGUUUUUCAUCGGAUUUUAAUUUUAUUUCCUAUACAUAAGGGUAAUUCUUAUAUGUAUAUUUUCUUUUAGUAUUUAGUCUUCGCAACAUACAACGAAGAAAUCUUGCAAACUUUUCUUUUAAUCCGUGGAACAUGUCCGACUUGUUUGGAAUGUAUUUUUUUUUUCGGCAUUGUUAUAGAGCGGAAAUGUUAUAAUGUUAACAUUAUUUGUAGUUACAGAGCAACGGUAGUAAGGCAAAGAAUAUACACUGCGUGUGACACAAAGUGAUCGGCCGCCACAAGACUUGACGUUUCACGUAAACAAGGCGGCCCCUCGUGGCUUGGGGAGAAGAGAAAGCAAUCACGCGAGACUAGCUGGCUGCCGUGGGUCUGCGCCAUACAUCACUCGCGUCGCCUCGUGUGCCUGCUGCAGGUUCACUGACUCACACAUAAAGGUCGUGUGUCGAACCAGACCAAGAGAGAAUUUAAGAGAAAAUUUAAAGGUUAUCAGUGAACGUAGUCACCUGUUCACAAUAGAAUAAAAACUUAAUUAGUAUAUAUUCUGUUUCAUGAUUACACUGGAAAGUAAAACAAAACUUUGAAUAUCCAUAGAGUAAUAUCAAACAACAAAACAUUACUAGUACUGGACGGAUUACACUCCCUAGCUUUACGCGAGACCCCGCCCCACGCACGUGACUCAGACAUGGCGAACCCGCAUGAUGGUGGCCGCAAUUAACUCGUGAGAUACAUAGCCCCGGGCGCCGCACACCACCACCACCAACGCCAGCACACACCGAGAACACAACACAAAGCAAUGGCCGCGGUAAACCUUUCUUCGGUGGAGCGUGAAACGUGAUAGUAUAAUCUUCCUUCAUAUUGCUUUUUUCUCGAGACAACUAUAACGGAGCAGUUUUUCUCCUUUGUUUAUUCUGAUGGAAAUCCUCGGAAUUUUACUUCUCAUCGUUUUAAUUAUUAUUCUUCCAGCCCUUCAGUGGCCAUGAUGUGAAUGGAUACACGUCUGCUUGAUUAGAGAUUGGAUGCACAUGGGGAAGAGAACACUUUGGCAGCAGUGAGACGGAGCGAAUGAGUUUUCCAUGAGACUUGUCUUACUUUCCCAUCUUGGGCUUGCCUGUCGAUACUUUGCACGUUGCCACAGAUGAAGAGUUUACUGUUUUGCUUCAUCUGUAACUUUCCUACGUUAACUUAUUACCUAUAAUUGUUCUCAAGGAAAAGUUGCCUUUCAAUGAAUCUUCCAUUAUUAAAAAUUGCGAAAAUCAAUAUUAUUUUCUUCAGCAAAGCCACCUUCAGACGGUAUAAUUUAGUAGUUAUUUUCACGAGAGAUCAAUGAUAUGAGGAUCCAGUGACCCCACACACGCGUAUCGGCAGGUGAGGGAGCAGGCAGCCUGUUCCCCGAGCCUCACACCACCACCACCAACAACUAACUACCACGAAUCAUCCUACUUGUGGCUAUUCGUCUUUUCGACACUCAUAUGUGUUUUAGAGUUUCUUUUGAGAUACCAACACGCUGUCGAGCGUUUGUGAAGUUCAAAUGGCAUGACAUGAUGUCUUAGUGGCUAUAAAGCAAUCGGCAGAAAGGUUAGUUAUCACUUUGGGUCCGGGUGCAAGUUCUUUUAGGGGAAUAGCAGACAAUGUUUCUUUCCUGUUAGGUAACAUAACCUUCAAACUCUGACACUCGAGGUUAAAGAUAUAUGUCAUCUUUUCGGGAAACUACUUUGUUAAACACAUAGUCAUACUCUCAAGGAAGGAAAGUUUUUAUGUCUGCGUUUCUCAGGGAGCUAAACAACACAUCCCUUUGCCGCCCGCUGCUCACUGCCCUCACGCGGCGUGACUCUUGCGUCAGAGGAAGUAAAGCCACUGAAGCGAGAGCCAGUCGUGUCCGCCACCAUCCAUGACGAUGUUACCACCACUCCAUGAGCUUGUGCGGUGCUGCAACACAAGCAGGAAACAAAAAAAAAGGCACGAGGUCGCUACCACCGGGCUGGCAGCCGAACAGGGUCUCCAAGAUCCUGCCAGCACCUCCGUCAACCUGAGCUGCACGUGCAGGCACUUGAUGCUCUCUCGAGACACGUACGGCUUAUGGGUUCCUCGGAACACCAAAUAUUUCACCAUCACCAAGUCACCAAGUGCUGAGUUCUUCAUGACAACUGUGGUUCAUCUUCGUUAAGUCUGGAGAACACAUGUGCACACGGAAGGUAAAGCAUUCUGUGUGCACAGGCUUCUUUGAUACACUAAAGGAAAGCAUGAACACAAAACGUUUCGUGAUGACCAAGCACUGGUUCACAUACGUAUUUUCAGACUGUGAAGGCAAAAAUAUAUGAAUUAACUUUUUUAAACAUUUGGAAUGGUGUGUAGAAUAAAAGCGAAGGACAUGGACAAAAAUUGAUUUUUUUAUAAACAUAGAAAUGUGCACACAUAACAUGGAAGAAAGUGCUGUGUACUCCUGUAUCCACCCCCGGUGUCAGUGUUCUACAAAAAAGUGUAUCCAUAGAUGUUUAAAAUUGUAAGUAAUUUUAUAAAUGUCCUUUGUGAACUUUUAUGUAACUGAUACGUGUAGGAAUUUUCGUUGGUCAAUUUCUCUAACUCUUUCCCUCUUCUCCAUAUCUUUCCCUAUUCCUAUCACCAUGUGUGUUUUCAAUGGCUAUGCGUAAGCUAGGCAUAUGUAAGAAAGGGAAAUAUUCAUCCUUUUAUUCAUCGUACGUUAUGCCAAAUAAUUUGUACUUACAUGCGGCUGAAUGCACAAUGUGUUUUAGUAGGACCAUGUAAAAUAUUAAAAAAAGUACUGCACUGACAAUACUCCCUGUAAAAAGUCUAAGAUUUUCUAUUGUUCGCUUGAUAGUACAUGUAGCUGACACUCCCCCCCCUUCAGCUUGGAGCAAGUAGAGGUCUUCAUAAGGUGACAGAAUGAAGCUAUUUUGAGCCUUAUUCAGUCCUGCUAAACGGUCCCCCCGUAAGUAAAGCUCAGGGAAGCUCGUCUCGUCACUUAUAGGUGUUUUCAGCUUGACUUUGUAAAGCUGUUGACUCGUUAACAUCCCUCGGUUGUUUUCUUUCGUGCACUCCGUAUGCUCUUUAGGUGCUGUUCACUAAUUUAACGAAGGGGGCAGCCAGAUAUCUUUUGUUUUUUGCCGAUGGAUACAGUCUUCAGAUGUUUCAGUUUGAGAGCCUGUAGUGAAGCCCUUGAGAGGCUUCCUUGCAGAGACUACAAAUGGCAAUAGCGUUGCUCACGUAAUAUCCAUGGUUGGCUGAAGGCGAGUAGGCCAAGUGGAAGGAAACAUGAAACUUGUCUUUGUUAUAGAAUGCGUGUACAUUGUUUUUAUCUUUAUUAUUGUAUUAAGCAACAUUAUUGUUACAUGCGUACAAAAAUCACAGAACAGGCUAGGACACAUUUUUCAUUAUUAUUAUUUAAGCGCAUCCCAGUGUUAUAAAUACUAGGUGUACAUAGAAUCUAAAUGUCCUGUCCGUGUUGGUCGGCUGGGAGUUGUAGACCAAGGAAGACGAGGAGGCGGGAGGCGACUAGAGAGAAAUUGGUCGGUAGGGAGUUUUGAACUUUGAUGUGCUGGGAAGAAAGAGAGAGAGAGAGAGAGAGAGAGAGAGAGAGAGAGAGAGAGAGAGAGAGAGAGAGAGAGAGAGAGAGAGAGAGAGAGAGAGAGAGAGAGAGAGA